AGGAAACCAGGGCUUCCUGUUGCUUUAGAGUGGCUUCCGGCAGAAAGGUUGAGAAAUGUAAUCCCUGUCCACCAGGGAAGACACAGCAGACACGAGCAUUGCCAUAGUCAACACUCUCUCAGUAAUGUCUACUUGGUGUUUUGUGGCUUUUCUCAUCUGGGGUUGCACGGCAGUGGACGGUCUGGUAAAUGAACACUCAGCUGUGCAACUCGCCACAACAAAAGGGUAUUACCCAACAGAGAUGAUGACUGCGAAUACCACGUAUGGAGAAUCUGCCUUACCAUUUGCUUGUGGGAACAACUCUGCCACGUGCAUGGACAUUUGUAGAAUCUGUCAUGAUCUGUACCAAGGUCCAACAAUGACUUGCCUCUCAAUGCUGUUCAACCAGGCAUGUCUCAACAAUUUUGAGAGUGAAAUGGUGUCACUGAAUAGCACGGACUGGUGCAUUUGGAGUAAGGUGAGAGGCUUGUACAGUAACCUAAGCCACUGCACGGAGAAGAAUUCAGACUGUCUCUUGAUCCCGUGGCCCAACCAGCUGGUGAAGGAGACCUUUGUGGACAUUCAUUACAGGUUCUUCAAGGACUGUCCCUCAGAGGAGCUAAGCGACCCGCCGCCAGUCAUCGUCUUUGCCCUGGUGAUCACGCCCAUCUGCCUGAUCCCAGCCAUGGUCGUCCUCGUGGUGCUCAAGACUAAGAACGGGGACGGCAGCUCUUGAUAUUCCUGAAAUCUAAACUCAAAGUCACAAGGGAAAACAACCUUUUUUUUGGACCGAUGCGCUCCCUUUUCCUCCCAACCUGCUGCUCUCAUCACCAGGGAAGUUGUAGAGCAGCGACUUCAGCAAGUUCACUUGAGCAGACAAAAGCAACAGAAAAAAAACUAAUCACUAAUCAGACAAACAGACAGCUCUCAUUUUGAGUUAAUGUCAUACUCUGUGGCUUCACAGUAAUUGUUCAAUGACAAACUCCCGGGUGUUAUUGAUGUACUGUACUGUGUCUCAUUAACACUUUUUAAAAGAAGACUUUUUGACAAUAGCUUUGUUUUCAACUGCCCGACUGGGAAUCCGAACACUGAUGGUGUUGGUUACAUCCAAACUGGAUGCACAUGUUCGGAAAACAACUUCAUUUAAAAUGGAGAACUUAAUAUUCAGGUUUGAGUUGACAAGGGCUACAGAGCUUGCAAAAGGAAGAGUAAAAUUGUGUGUUGCCACUCCUUCAUUAUGUUGGACACCAUGUCAUUUCGUUGUUAAAGGUCCAGUGUGUAAGCUUGUGACAAAUGGAGGACUUUGCUGUUUCCCAAGCGCAUUUGAGAACUACGGUGGCCUUCACAUGUACCAGAAGGGAUGCCGUUCUUCUCCGUUUGCGUUGUAAGCAUCCGUGUCAAAAUGUGAAAAACUGGUUUUUGUCUGUACAGGCUGCUGUAAUGCAAUUUUUUUAAAUAUUCUUUUUAAGCAAUUAUACACUUAAACAAACAUACUUAUGUGUCGUAUAAUGAAUUUUUUUGUCAACAAGUCCUCCUAAAUAUUACACACCGGACCUUUAAAAGACCUUGUGAACUUUACUGUUUCGACAAUGUGCUGUACAAUCUAUUCAGUUCAGUCUGAAGUGGAUUCAGGUAUGUGUUUGGCGGGUCAAUAGUGGCCUUAUGCGUGGAUGUGGAUGUGGAUAUUACAGUAUGUGAGUCAUAGCAUAUGGAAGGUUAGGGGGUUCAGAGGUCACAGAUGGGACAAAAUGAAUGGGUAUACGCCCAGACACAGAGGGGGGUGCUGAAUCUUUUUUUUCUGCUAUUGUCUAUUUUCUAACAGCCCUUUCCUAUGUUCAAACAACGACUCAUUAUCAUAUAAUGAUGAGCUAAAUAAUAUAAAGUUCACCCAACAUAAUACUUGUUCAUGUCAGACAAAUGACAUUAUAUACAUCUGUGUAUCAAAGUGAGGAACACUGUGCGAUGACAGAAAAGAUAAACACACGUUAUCUUUUGACCAUGAUCUUGAUACUGUGGAUGUGUAUUGUUAUGACGAUAUAGCCAUUGAAAAGCCAUAGAAAAUGUGUAUUUAUAUACUGUGUUAGUUUCAGGACUCACUGUACUGGCUGAGAGAGUGUUCUCACACCAUGUACGAUAUGUAUUUUCUUAUGUUUUAUACAAUUAAAUAAAUGACAGACACAAUCUUUAAA